CGCUGUUGAGAUCAUGUUCAAGAAACCUCUAGCCGAUCUCAAGACUUCCGCACCGAUUCGUAGCUCAGAUCGCCGGAAGCUCAAGCAGAAAGUUGUGCAGACGUUCGGGCUUCAGGCGGAGGAGGGCGAUCUCCUCGUGCCGGAGGGCUUACAAUCCGUGAAAUUCAGUACCCAUGUGGGGGAGCAUGGGAUCGCAUACCUCGCCGCUGAGGGAGAUCCCCUGUGGUUCACCAUUGGGAAAGGAAGCGAAGAACUCAUACCAACCGUUUAUACUCUAUGGAAACAACCUCGACUCCUCCCAUUCCUGUCAACCCCGUCGGCUGUAAUCCCAGUACUCAUCGGAGGCGCGGACCUCAUGAUCCCAGGAAUCGUCCAACACUCUUCGAACCUCGCACCUAACCAACUGGUCUCCGUAACACAAUAUCACGCAGGAAAACUAGGGUAUCCACUCGGCGUUGGUCGCAUGGCCGUUGGCAGCGAUAAGCUGCAAUCCGAAGAUGGCAAAGGAAAGGGCGUGCUUAUCCUCCACACAUGGAAAGAUAAGCUAUGGGAUCUUGGUUCGAAGGGCGAACCACCGGAGCCUAUGGAUAUAACCACCCCUGUUGCCACAAGCGAGCAAGGAGGGCAGGACGGAUCCGCCCCAACUGCGAACAACCCGAAUUCCGUAGAUGGAAAGGCCCAAGAGACGGAGACUGAUCCGAAGCAGGAAUCGACAGAGGGGCCAUUAACUCCUGAAGAGGUAUCUUCGAUCCUUCGGACGGCUCUACUGCAAGCUAUCCAGACCACCCUAUCUCAAGUACCCUCCUCUACCUUCCCGAUCCCUGCCACCACGUUCUAUACGACGUAUUUACUACCGCACCGCCCCAGCUACUCUCCGAGUCCGACAUCUGUCGACAUCAAGCAUUCUGCGUUCAAAUCGCUCUCGGCUUUCUUGAAAGCUUGCGAGAAGGAUGGCAUGCUGUCUCUCAAGCAGGUGAAAGGCGACUACGUGAUCACCGGCGUGAAAGCGGACCAUCCCGACGUCGCCGGUCACCACGCGUACCGGACGCUGAAAAUGGAAGAAGAGAAAAAGGAGAAACGCGAGGCGCGCGAGAAGGAAGAAGGAGCCAAGAAGGGCAAAGAGAUGGUCGUCGUGGAGCUGUGGAAGCCGCAUCAGGCGACCAUACGGCUGUUUGAAGAGGCCGGGAAAGACCCAUCCGCAAUGUACUCGUUGACGGACAUCAAGACGAUCCUAAACGGCUACGUUGCGGCGAAGAACCUCGUGAACCAGCGCGAGCAGCAAUACAUCAAUGUGUCCGUUGACGAUGUCCUCGCCGGGGCCCUCUCGUCGAAGAACGCGCCACCUCCGGACUUCAUGAAGCGAGAAGAUAUCUGCAAGUUGCUGUCGGAGAAGAUGCAGGCGUGGUACAAGCUCCAGCCUGAAGGAAAAGACGUAGUUGUCAAGAAGGGACAACUACGACCGAUAUCCGUGCAAGUGAAGAUCCGGCAAGGCCGCAAAGCAUGCACCCUCAUUACGGGGUUCGAGCCGUUUUUGUUAGACGCUGACGAGCUCGCAGAGGAGCUGCGUAAAUCAUGCGCGUCGUCGACCGCAGUGGCACCGCUUCCGGGGAAGAACGCGGGCCUGGAGGUGAUGGUGCAGGGUAAACAAAUGGGGCCGGUGGCAGGAUUGCUACAGGCUAAAGGCGUACCGGCGCGGUGGAUCGAGACCGCGGACAUGACUGCCAAGAAGAAGUGAAGGGGCCAGCUGGGAGCAGAUCAAAGAGACGCGAGCGAAAGUGUUGCUGGCUAUGGGCCGGGAAAUAGACCAUAGCUAUGAGAACCUUGCUCGGCGUGUACGAUAGGCGCUGCCUGCAGUCGAAUGGAAGUACAAACUGAAUUGUA